CCCAAACAUGAGGCAAAGCAGAUAUCCCAACCUGCAAAAACUGAUUUCAGGGAGGUGGCGCCCCCAAAUUAAAUGCAGCCUUACCAGUGCCAAUUAAAUGAACUUUCUAAGGAAGAAGAUAAAGCCAGCCCAGCAGUGAAUGAGUUAACAGACCUUGUGCAUGAUGGGUAAUGUAGUUCUGGGACUACACUUCCACCCAGCAUGCUAUGCAUAGUGUUUCCAGGUUGUGCUUGCAAUCUCCCACUUCCUGGCUGUAGUCGUUAGGUUGGUGGUAAGUGGACUGUAGGGAGAGAUGUCACACUUAUGAAUGUUGAAUCUUUAUCAACCGUGAAUAGUCAGUACAAAAGGGUGCUGUGAUCCAGUAAGUUCCAAGCAUGGAUCCCUUUCAUGGCAUAGAGGUUGGUGCCGAGGUGGAACUCAAUGAUGGCUCAUUGGCUAUGGAUGAUCACACCUCAAUAAAACUGGAGAACAAACGGGACUUACCUCUGUGGCAGCACCUCCAUUACUCUGACGACUCCAGCAGUGACGAGAGCCUAGACCAGCAAUAUGUGGAUUCCACAUCAUCGGUGGUCAAGACCCUGGAAAUCCCUAGUCGUAUUCCUGAAUUUAGGAGCCAGGUUGUGGAAAAUAAGAAAAGGGAGAAGAAUAGGAAUGUAUUAUCGACCAGGAUAAAUAUACAACCGGGCGCUUUCUGUAUAAAUGGAGAGCAGAGAGAUGACCAUUAUUUUGUUUUGAGCAAUGGCUACAGCAAAAACCUCCAAGAACAAGCUUUCCAAUUGGCACCUCAUUUUGAAGAACUGGGGAUCCCAUGCACUGAGGUAAUCUCAGACUCUGGUCAACUACAGCCCAAUUCCGCAGAGGUUUACACAGAAACCACUUUUUGCUAUGAAGAAGAUCCAAGCUUGGGAAGGUACAACUGUUCCGAUGCCAGAACUCAGUGCAACAAGACAAUCAAUGCCCUAGGGAGAAACCACAAAUGUGAGCGAUGUGGGCGCCAGUUUUCGCGUUUGUACAAUCUGGAUAACCACGUGUGCAUUGAGAAGGCUUUUAGGUGUCCCCAGCAAAAUGGCAAUAAUGUAGAGACAAUGAAUAGGUUGGAGAAGAUGUGUGCUGAAGCCCAGAAAGAGCUCCACUGCCUACAAGGACAAUACAAAAAAGAAGAUGUAAGCACUCAGUCCGGUUCCUCAGAAGCUCAAACGUGGAAUCAGGAGUCGCUCUCCGAAUCGGACAUUCCAGCAACAUUUCCCUGUGAUCCUCAUGAGUGUGAAUCAAGCAGCAUAAGCACUCGAGAGUUUCAUAUUUCAUGCAAUGAUAAUGGUGAAAAUGCUGCUUCCCAAAAUGUGACUACCCUUAAAAAUGUUGUUGUUGUUGAUAUGACCAAUUGUAGUCCAACAUUCCCCGACGCAAACCAGGAACAGGACUCGGCAAAACAAGUGGAAGGUAUCGAUCCCCAGCUAGAUCAAAUUAAUAGUGAAUGGACUCAUUGGAAUAGACAUUUGUCUUUCCAAACCAGCGAUGAGAACCCAGACGAUACCACUCCUGAAGAUACAAACAGUUACAAAUGUCAGGAGUGCGGUAAAAUUUACAAUUCAACUUGUUCAUUCAUUAACCACUUGCACUGGCAUCAAAACAAAGACAUCUCCUCUAUGGUGAAUGCAGAGCCAUCACUGGGAGGCCAGGAAUCUGAUGGGACUACCCACCAUGUUGAUACAACCCUUCUAAGCCCUCAAAUGGGCAACUGUGCCAAACCAGCUGAAACGUUCACCUUUGAAUAUUGUGGUAAAGUAUUUAAUAGUCAGGUUGUUGAUGCCACUAACACCGUCUGGCAUUUGAAAAAGGAGGGGCCUGUGACCGUUUUUUCAACUCAAGGGGCCAAUCAAGAAACGGGACAGGUUUCAUCAUUCACUACCAAUGAGCAAAAAAGCGACGCGUGUACUAGUUCUGUUGUGGACAUUUUAACUUGCCAGUAUUGCGGAAGGGUCUUCAAUAAGCUAUGCGCCUACACCAAUCACAGUCGUUGGCACGUGAAAGAAAAGGAGUUGAGAAACAAAUUUAAUGCUGAAUCCACAAGGGUCCUCGUGGAUUCAGAACACUUGAAGGAAGGUGACACCAAGAACACGUUGAAUCAGGACAAUGUGACUUUUGAUGUAGACCCCAACACAGGGGUGACUGAUGUCUGCCUGGAUGACGGUAAUGUUCAAGGUUACUGCAGGCUGGUUAGGCAGCUAAGCUUGGAUGAGCAACACAACCUACCUUCAUGUGAGCAAGUUGUCAAGAGUGAAGAAUCUAGUCGCCCUCCGCUACCUAUGAAGAUGGAAACUAAACCGCAAACGCUACCUGAGGUUCUGGAAUCUGUUCUGGAGCUUGUAGUAGGGACAGAAGAAGUACACGAGAUCCUUCUAAGCAAGGCAGGCCUUGUGUUUAGAAAAGCCGAAAAUUAUGAGAAUGAUGAUGAAGAAGUAGAAGAUAAGGAUGGGUAUGAAGUCUCUGGAAUGCAUUCGGAACCAGAAGAAAACCAGAUCUGUGGAACAAAGUUAGAACUAGCAGCGAAUUGGACCCCUGAAAUUAAGUCGGAACCAGCUGAGAACCAGGUCCCCGGAAUGGAGUUGGAACCAGCAGAGAACCAGGUCCCCGGAAUGGAGUUGGAACCAGCAGAGAACCAGGUCCCCAGAAUAGAGUUGGAACCAGCAGAGUACCAGGUCCCCGGAAUGAAGUUGGAACCAGCAGAGAACCAGGUCCCCGAAAUGAAGUUGGAACCAGCAGAGAACCAGUUCCCCAAAAUUAAGUUGGAACCAGCAGAGAACCAGGUCCCCGGAAUGGAGUUGGAACCAGCAGAGAACCUGGUCCCCGGAAUGAAGUUGGAACCAGCAGAGAACCAGGUCCCCGGAAUGGAGUUGGAACCAGCAGAGAACCAGGUCCCCGGAAUGGAGUUGGAACCAGCAGAGAACCAGGUCCCCGGAAUGGUGUUGGAACCAACAGAGAACCAGGUCCCCCAAAUGGAGUUGGAACCAGCAGAGAACCAGGUCCCCCGAAUGGAGUUGGAACCAGCAGAGAACCAGGUCCCCCGAAUGGAGUUGGAACCAGCAGAGAACCAGGUCCCCGGAAUGAAGUUGGAACCAGCAGAGAACCAGGUCCCCCGAAUGGAGUUGGAACCUACAAAGAACCCGAUUCCUGGAACGUGGCUGAAACCAGAAAAGACACAAAUCCCUGGAAGGCAGUUGGAACCAGAAAAGAAAAUCUAUUCUCCCAAAAUUUUGCCAUCUAAAAUAGCAGCGCAACUUUUAAGCAGACCUAAACCUCCCCACAGAUGUCGCGAUUGUGGAAUUCGCUUCCAUCAGAUUUGGCAAUUAAAGCAGCAUCGACUUAAAGGGUUUGGAAAGACGUGCACUUUAAAGAAGCACCAGUGUGAUUGCGGGCGAACUCCAAUUGGUUCUCUACACUUCCUGCUUCAUCAGCUGCAACAUCUGAGUGACACUACCUUUACCUGUGCCGUGUGCAACAAGUCGCUGUGCGGUUAUCGCCAGCUCCAAGCCCACAGCUUGAUUCACCCAUUGGUAUCACAGUUCCAAUGCAAAUGUGGAAGCCGGUUCACAAAGCUGCCCAGAUAUCUCUGGCAUUCCCUAAAAAACAAGGCAAAGCCUAAACCAAAACUGCAAAUGGGAGCUUGUACUGAACCAUCGCUAUAGUAAAGAUGGCUUCCAUGAAGGGGAAUUCACUAAUUCUGUGAUGUUAAAAUUGUUUAUAUUUUUGCAAUAUAGAAGUACAUUCUGUAAUCAUGUAUAAAGAGAAGAUAUAUUUUGUUAUGUAUAGAUAUUAUUUCAAGAUUGUUAAAACAGAUUUCAUUUAAUUUAGAAUUUCUUUUUAAAAGGUUUAAAAAUAAAGUUUUUUUGAAAUAAA